AUGUACGCCGUCACGCCUAAUAUGGUCGAUUACUCGGCGUCCAAGACUGCGGCCAUUGCGUUCCAUGAGGAACUUGCUGUUGAGCUGGUUAUGUCAUAUCAUGUGCCUAAGCUUUGCACUGUGCUUGUCACCCAUGGCUUUACUAGGACCAGUCUUAUUGAUGAUGUGACUCUCGAGGAUACUUGGUUUGAUCCACUGCUACACACUGGGACGGCUGCUGAUGAGCUUGUUAACCGACUGCUUAAGGCUAAGAAUGAAUUCUGCUGGGUGGAUUGCAGGGAAUUUGGGGUUUUGUCUGGGGGGUUAUAG